AUAACUACAAGUAAUAAGUUGUACAAAUUUACAGUCACUGCCUGUACCAAACUACGUCAUAUAAUUUUGUUGAGGGCUUAUGGUUCGUUAAAAGGGUAAAAGUGUUCCGAAAGGAUGAAGUAGCCUAGCUUACAGGCAUGUGAGGACAUUAAUUUUCACCGCAAGUUUGGAGGUACAACAACUUACGUGCAUCCGUAUCCGAUGUUUAAUUAAAAGCGAUAGAAGUACUUACCGUAUGCCUGCGUUUUUCUUUGUAAACUGUAAGCUUUAAUUUCGUGGAUAUCCAGUUACUGCAGUACUUAUCGUACUGACAUUAGCUCGGCAAUGGCGUGGCGGAGCAAAUAAGCGGCCGAGUUUUCUCCUGAUCUUUUUAACGCUUUAUUUAUCAGCUUACACUUGAGCAUAGGCAUAGCUUGUAAGCACUUAUUUAUCCCCUUUAUGAGCUGUUGAUCUUCCCGAAACUACGCUAGUGGUUACCGUCAAGGUAUAAUCGAGAUUCAUGAACAACGCAAAACCCAUAUCAUACGGAUAUGCAUGUUACUAAUGCAGCCCGCAGCGGCAACAAAUUGGCUGUAAUGUCUCGCACAGCUUGCGGCCAUUGAUUAUUACUUUGCGGAUUUUUACGGACGAUCAGCGAUCAGUUGCUUUGAAUAACUUGCUAAUACACAUUUUCGUGCGGAUCGCAGUAGUGGAGUCCAUACCAUCAACACGGUGUAUAGAACAAUGUGGAGACGGCGCAAAUCCAGUGUAUACGAGACCCAUCGUCCACGCGAAGUGCUCAACAAAAACGAAGAUGAUUGGAUGUACGCCGAUCCGUACGCCACCGUCCUCUUUAAGAAGAUAUUAUGCUGGAUUCUGAUCGUGGCAUCCGUGGGAAUUUUGGCAGUUGUGCUCCUUAUAUGGAGACGGGACUGGUACGUGAAGCUAACAUGCCGCCGGACUACUGUCGAACAUGCCAAUGUUUUUAUACUCCAGGAUGCUUGCGAAGAACUAACUGUGAGCUAUGUGUACAAUAUGGCCAACCGAGAAAAGUAUUACCGAAAGCCGCCACAAGGAAGCAUUCUUUCUAAUGCACCGCUUAUAGCUCCCAUCAACGGCCGAAAGGGUGAAUUCGAGGAAGUGAAAGUGCUGACGUAUUUCGAUUGCAAACGGGUGCGAUACAUCUGGAAUACGGAUACGAAUGCGUACGAGAAACUGUUGGGCAUUCCCGAUGUGCCGAUGGACUAUUUUGAUGAGCAGAAGGGUCUGGAUGACAUACAGCGCUCUGAACGUCUGCGAUUGUUUGGACUGAACGCUAUUGUCAUCAAAAUAGAUCCAUUGGUGAAAAUUUUGAUCAAAGAGGGAUUGACUCCGUUUUACGCGUUUCAAGUCUUCAGCAUUAUCUUGUGGUACUGCGAACCGUACACCGUUUAUGCAUCGGUGAUUCUGGGCAUUUCUUUGUUAUCGUUGGCAUCACAGGUUUUCGAGACAAGACGCCAACAAGUUGCUCUCCACAAGCGUGUACAGGACUUCGAUUUAGUAACUAUCAUGAAGAAGAAUGGAGAAACUGCUUCGGUUAAAAGCGAAACUUUGGUACCGGGGGAUAUUGUUAUCAUUCCGAAAACUGGAUGCAAAGUUGUCUGCGACGCGGUUCUCCUCAGUGGUCAUUGUAUUGUCAAUGAAGCUUCCUUAACAGGUGAAAGUAUUCCCGUAUCCAAAGUUGCCUUGGCCUCAUCGGAUAAAGAACAGUAUUUUAAAGCGCGCAGCUCGACGAGGCAUAUUCUGUUCUGUGGAACGAAAGUUCUGCAAUCGCGUGCUGGGACAGAUGGCUAUACAAAGGCCUGUGUAAUACGAACCGGAUUCAUGACAUCCAAAGGUGAACUGAUACGCAGCAUAAUGUACUUCCGGCAAGUUGAUUUCCAGUUCCAAAAUCAAACGUUCUGGUACAUUGCUGUGCUGGGGUUUAUUGCUCUUAUUGGAAUGAUUUACUCUAUUAUAGUCGAAUUGCCACGCCUGUAUACCGCUGUUACACCGGAAGAAAUCACAGCGGCACGCCGCGAAAUAGCCAUUCGUACACUGGAUGUCAUCACCAUCGUGGUCCCUCCUGCUCUACCUGCCGCACUAACGGUUGGAAUUAUAUUUUCCCAGUGGCGGCUGAAGAAAAAACAGAUCUUCUGUAUCAGUCCUCGCAUCAUUAACAUGUGCGGAUUGGUCAACCUUGUUUGUUUUGAUAAGACAGGUACUCUCACGGAAGAUGGUUUGGACUUGCAUUCCAUUCUUCCAGCCGAAGCCACUGAAACCGGUCGCUCUCGUUUUAUUGAAAAACAGGCAACCCAGUUUACGGAUAUUGAUAAGCCGCUCGUACGAUCCAUGACAGCUUGCCAUUCUUUGUCCAUCAUUGAUAAAGACGAUUCUUUGGACUAUCAUGGAGAUCCCAUAGUUGGUGAUCCGCUGGAUCUGAUCAUGUUUAACCACACCCAUUGGAAACUCAGUGAAUCGGAAGUCGCUGGGUUUGGGAAGAUUUUGUACCGUGUGGUAUCGCCCACCAUAGCCACCAUCGGACGGAAAUUUCAGGAGCAAGCCAUGAUCGUUUUAUACAAAGAGUAUCCCUUCGAAUCCACUAUGCGGCGAAUGGGAAUGAUUGGUUACAACACCGCGGAAAGACGAUUUGAGUUUUACGCCAAAGGGGCAGCAGAAAAAAUUAUUCCUCUUUGUAAUCCAGACACUGUUCCCGCUGAUGCUCUCUCUCGAUUGGAAGGGUUUUCUUCCCAGGGGUUUCGUGUUAUUGCUCUGGCAUGGCGAGUUUUGGACGGGAUGGACAUUAAUAAUGUGGGAAAACUUACUCGGGGAGUGGCCGAACAUGACCUGCGUUUUGUUGGAUUUAUCGUGUUUGAGAACCGCAUUAAGUCGGACACCCCAUCUACCAUAAGCGAACUGGAGAAAGCCAAUAUCCGAACAGUUAUGUUAACGGGAGACAAUAUGCAUACAGCUAUUGCGGUGGCCGGAAAAUGCGGUAUCGUCCGCGCCAGUGAAACUCUGUCAAUUGUUCAAGGAGAUGAAAAAUUUAUCAACUAUAUUCCUGUGGAGCAAGUCACAUCUGACAAAAAUGGCAGCCAUAAGGAAGCAAAGCAUUCUGAUAUGGAUCCCUUCGGGGGCAGCGGUGAACACCAGGUGCUGGCGGUGUCCGGUGAAAUGCUGGAAAUCGUGAAAACCUACCAUAGCCACUUGUUACCGCAGAUUAUGUUGCGGACGGCUGUUUUUGCCCGUGUUUCACCGUUGGAGAAACAGUAUGUAGUGGAGCAGUUCCAGGGUGCCGGCUAUCAAGUGGGCAUGUGUGGUGAUGGAGCCAACGACUGCGGUGCACUCCGAGCUGCUCAUGCCGGUAUUUCUCUGUCGGAUUCCGAGGCCGCAGCCGCUGCACCUUUCACUAGCACCAACCCGAGUAUUCACUGCGUUGUGCGAGUAUUGCGAGAAGGCCGCUGUGCCUUGGUGACCUUUUUCGGGAUUUUCUUCCUGAUGGCGACCUACAGCAUGUGUCAGUUUAUCUCCGUUGUCCUUUUAUACUGGAUCGAACAAACCCUCACGGAUAUGGAGUUUCUCUACGAAGACCUAUUUGAACUGACCGUUCUGGCCAUUGUGAUUGGUUGUGCCUUACCUUAUAACCGCCUGACGGCCGAUUCCGUCCCGUCCAGUCUAAAGUCUUUCCCCUCGUUGUUCUCCUUAAUUGGACACGUCCUCCUUUUGUUAGCCGCGCAGAUUGUAGCUUUCAAAGUUGCUCCACUGGUACCGUGUAAUCCUAACGGGACAACGAUUGUCUGUCCGCAAGUAAAAGCAGAUGCAGCCAGCGACGCAACCACCACGCCGGCUCCGGUUCUUAACUUAACAGCGUUGGCGGUGAACUUAACUAGCGGGAAUUCAACGGAUAACGCCACAGCACCUGCCGAGGUGGGGUGCUCGUACGAAGGUUACGCGGUAUGGACGGUGGGCAUUCUACAGAUUGUGGUGCUGUCAUUUAUCUUCGCCCGAGGACCGCCAUUUCGCCGACCAUUCUGGAGAAAUUAUCUCCAUGUCAUCUUGGCCGUUGGUAUGGUUGUUUUCGAUCUGGUGUGCAUGCUGGGUCCUGAUCGCAAUUUGGCUUACGGAAUACAGAUGGAUGCGCCACCACCCGAAUAUAUUGGAUAUCGUUUCAUCUUUCUGGCCAUCGUGAUUAUAUGGGCCAUACUAGCAGCUGCUUUUGAGAUGCUGAUUGUGGAACGGCUAGUGGUUCGUUGGCUGGAUAGAAGUACCAGAUUCAAAAAAUGGCGCUCACGGCGGCGUGCCGAUGUGGAAGAGGAAUUACGGCUGAAGGCCGACCGAGCCGAAUAUCGUCCUAAGGACGGACCGGCUAAUGGCGUGACCUUUCAAAACAAAGCUUUCGUGCCGGACGAGAGUUCCACAGCUAAUUUAACGCGACUGGAUCGAUGAGACUUAUAUUUGAUUGCGAGUACCAGAGUUUAUUUAUGUAAAGAGUUUUACUUUGUAUUUACAAGUUUGAUAUGCGUUCCGGUUUUACAGGUUUUAAUUUUACCGUUAAAAGGGCAGUAAUUUGCAAAGAGUUUGUCUUAUUCAGGAAUACUGUAGUUGGAACUUUUAAUAGUCAUGAUGCUCGUAUUCCAGGCGUUUUGCCGAAAGUAUAAAUUGUCCCACUCUGUGACAGCUUGCCGAAUAUUCGUUUUUUAUUAAAGAGAAAAUAAAGUUGAAC